AUGUCUCACACCCUCCAUGUGUACUCUUCAUUUUCAGGGUGACGUGACUUAGUCGUUGUAUUUUAUAAAAUUUAUAUCUAUUAGAAGUAUUUUUGGAUAUUUAGAAGUAUUUCUGAAUAAAUAUAUCAAUUAUAAUUCAAUAAAACUUCCAAAAAUAGCGGUAAUUUUCCAAGUCGAUCACAAGGAUGUAAUAUAAUAUCUGGUAAUUAUUCAGAAUUUUUCUCAAUGAAUACGAGUUUCUAUGAAUUUUAUACUACGAAAUGAAAAGGAAAUAUACUUAAAAUUCACGAAAAAAGGGAAAUAAGGGUGCGGACGUCAGGAUGAUGUCAGCGCCCGGCGAAUGCAAAUCGGGCAAAAACAGAGUUCCGCUCGACGAUUCUUACGUAAGCGAUUAUAGACGAUUUAAUUAAUCAAAUUAAGAUCUGUAAAAGCUGGAAAAAUCUUAAUUGAACAAAGUAUAUUUUGGUAAAUUAAAAACACAAAAAUUAUCACUAAAUGAAGCGUAAAGUAAAUUGAAAGCAGGAAAAUAGAGUUCCAGCGUUGCGACGGUGAUGCGUCGGUGAUGCACCGAAAUCUUAAGCGUUCAGGAGGAUCGUCGUGCAGUGUCCACGGCCUCAAAGGCUCUCCUUGGACAAAGAUGACGUGGGCAAUCUCUAGAUCUCCUUGCAAAGUCUAGAGAUUAAUGAAAUCGGUCGUCGAAUCGUCUCCGGCAGCUGUCACCCGGCGGAGUGGAAAAACGGUGACUUUGCGGCUCUCCGAUGGCUGUCACCCGACGAAGAGGAGCUGGAUGGAGGUGGGGCGCGUGUUAGGGAGCUUCAUCCUCAGGUCCGCAUAGCAAGAAGAGGCUCUUCAUCGCAUCUGGUAUGCUCUCAGGAGGUGGCAACUCGUCUCUCGGCGGAUCGUCCUCUUCUCGACGAUGGCUUGUUCGUCGAUCAAUCGGAGAUGAUUUACUCGAUGGAUUCGCGAUCCUUUUAUCGCGAAUCGUUUAGCAAUUUUAGUAGCAAUGCUCCGCGAAUUGCGUUGACAAGAUUUUCGCCGAUGAUCUAGUGAUUCUCGUUGCUUAAUCCUUCACCGGCGAUCUGCAAGAAAGUCGCGAUAAUUAGAUAAAAAUAUAUGAAUUUUGACUCUGCGAGGAUUCGAACCCGUGCCAGUUGUCCGCCCCUUCUGACGAAGGUGUGACGCGGGUUUAGUCCCACAUCGCCUGUGCGCCAAUUUUUCGAGCGAAUAUAUAGUAAUGUUAGCUUUCUAAGCAAAGUCCCUUCUCUCGCGUGUACGACCACUCCUUGCCCCAUAGCCAACUGGCCACCAGUAAUGUAGAAGGGGAGUGGCGCACACGAGCCCCUAUCGGUCCAAGCCGCUCAAGCCCCUGCUCGUGGCUGCUCUCCGAGUGAGCUUCCGACUCGCUUGCGGGCCCGGCUGGCCGGCGGGUCCCCCUCAUUUUGUCUUAUUUUUAUUUAUUUUUCUUCAUUUAUCUCAAAAGUAAGACUGUAAAAAUCAUAUGAAUUCAUGUAAAAUCACAUAAUUACCUAAAAAUUCACAUUAAUCAACUGAAAAUCACUUUUCACACUUUAACACAAAUAUAAGUCUAUUUAUCAUGAGUUAAGGCUAAAACUAUAUUAUUUACUAAUUAUUAACUCAUGAUAAUGAAGACUUAUCAUAGGGCUUUCACUUUCUCCACUUAUUUUGCAGCAAGUGUUUUUCUAUGCACGAUUUUCAACAAUGAGAAUGAUGUCUCACACCUUCCAUAUGUACUUUUCGUUUCUAGAUUUUUCACAUUGCUCUCUCUCUUUUUUUUUUCGAAAUAAGUGAUUUCUCUUGACAAGUCCUAUAGAUCAGGGUGCAAAAAUCUCCAUUAAACUCAAAUGAUCAAUCAAAUUUUCACAUCAAGUAAAUACUAUCCAUCAAGAUCAUGAAGUGAAAAUCUAUAAAAUCAAAUCCAUGUUAUCUAUCAUGUAUCCAAGGAGUAUUCCAACAUAUCAUGCUACUAGAUCAUUCUUUUGACUCAAUAAUAAUCUUCCUAGUAUCUUUUGGUCUCAAUCAAUCUAAUUGAUUUAAUUUUUCAUGCAUGCAAUAUGAUGUAAGAAAUUUGUAAAUUAGAUAGUUCUAAUAGUUCUGUUUUCUAUUUUCAGUUCUGUUAUUAGCAACAAUAAAUUUAUCAAAAAUAAAUCAAAACUAUCCUCUUUAUAGUUGUAAUUUCGAAUUUCAGUAAUAUGUCUUGGGGAUUGAAAUGUGAGAAAAGGGUCUCUAGAAUUUCAAAUUUCGGGCUAUUUUUGGUCUAUUAUUUUUGACAGUUUGCUGUUCUUGACAGAAAACCAGAAAAUAGAUAUUGUAGUUUUUCUGAAUUUUUUUUAUUUUUAUUUUUUUAGUUGUUGUUCUAAGUGAGCAUAAAAAAAAAAGAAUAAAAUGCAAACACAUGUUCUUAAUCGUCCUACAGUAUAAAUUAAUAAUGAAUACUUCACCCCCAAACUUAAAAAUGACAUUGUCCUCAAUGACACAGAAAAAUCAAAAUAGACUAUACAGAAAAUAUAAUUUUCAAGUGAAGCAUGCAUAUAUGCAAAGUUAAACAUUAAAAAUACUGUCAUAAAUGAUAAAGCUCAAAAAGACAUCACCUCAACCUCAUUUUUAAUUUUCCACUUCAUCAUACACUCCUCCUCCUGCACUUUUUCGAAAAACUAAAUACAAAAAGAAGUACUGCAAAAUUCUAAGAAAAAUAGAGCUUAAAAAAAAAUCAAACAAAAUGAAAUAAAAACCAUGGGUUGCCUCCCAUGCAGCGCUGAAUUUAAUGUCUUUAGCUUGACAGCUCUUAGAUCAUAUAAGAUGAUCUAUGGCCAUCAAAAUAUAUUUGUCUCCCAAGGUAAAUUUUAUGAUAUUCUUUUUCAGAUUUAGCAUAAAUUCAUAUACUUCAUAUAUAUACCUUGACAUACUUUCAGUCACAACAAAAUUAAAAUUAACAAAAUUUUCCCAAAAAUAAUAUUUCCAUUUUGAAGAGAAUCUUUCCUCAUUUCUAUUUUGUUUUGUAAGGCUCUCAUUCAUUAAUAAAUACUUUCUAUUAAUAGACCAUAAAAUGUGAUCAACCCAUAUAAUUUUCAAAUUAGCUCUUACUCAAUCUAGAAUUUUUUCAUCUAAACUAAUAUCUCUAAUUCUUCCAUUCAUCCAUUUCUUAAUGUCUUCUCUUAUCUACAUAAUCUUCCCCUAGUCCAUUUUAUCUUCCAUACAUAUUUGUUAAAUUUGCGAGGAGUGAAAUAUUUCAAGCUUAGAAGUAAUUCUAAUGGGCUGUGGGUUUUGAAGGAUGGAAGGAUUGUCUUCUUUAAUCUCAGAUCUAAUGAAUUCAGUAAAAUUCAAAUUUUCUCCUCCAAAAUUAUCUCUAUAUUCAUAUCCAUUAUUUUUGUUUCUCCCCAUUAGUUCAAUCAACUCUUUUUCUAGCUUUUCAUUUCUCAACUCAUCAAAUUCUUCAUCUUUUCAAGAGCUAUCUUUUAAUUUCGGUGUAUGAUAUACAUCAUUAUCCUAACUAUCAACAUCGAUGGCUGUGAAAUUAUGAUUAGAUUUAUUAAUUUCGUCUCCUACAUCUCCCAAAUCAACUGAUUUUUCCUCACUUGAAAUAUGUUUUUCUUCAUUUCUGUCCUUACUCCCUUCUACUAAAAUUUGGAUGAUUCUUUCAUGAUCAGCUAUUAUUUCUUUAUCUAAGGGCUCUUUCUCCUCAUCAUCCUCACUAUAUUCAUUCAUCAAUUGUGAGCAAUAAAUGAUUUUAUUCAAAUUUUCUGCUACUAUAUUUUCAGUCUUAAUAUUCUCAUUUACUUCUAAUGGCUCAUCAAUUUCUUCCAAUAAUUGGAAAUAAGGAUCAGGUAAAAUAUUCUCUCUCAAUGUAUUCACCGUCCUAACAUUUUCAUUUCGUGGGUUUUUUUCUAAAUUUAUCCAGCUAGACUCUUCUUGUUGAAAUCCUAUUGUUGGAUAGUUUCCUGAAUUUUCUAUGGGCUGACUGGGUGGCUGUCCCUCUUCUCUCCUAUUCUCAAAAGCCUCUAUAAUUUUUUUUUGGUGCAACAUCAUUUGAUUCAUAGUUUGUUGCAUCAUUUGACUCAUUUGCUGCAUCAUUUCCAUAGCAUCAGGUUGGAUUUGAGAGGGCUGUUUUUUCUGAAAUUUGUGUUCCUAUUUUGGAUGAAAUUCAAAAUUUGAAUUGGAUCUAAAUGCUUCUAGAUUUUGAAUAUUAUUUGGGUUUCUCCACGAAAAAUUAUUUCCCCAAUUAGGAUUAUAAGAAUUAGAAAAAUAUUCCCUAGUUUUAUUAAAAUCAUGAGGUUCCUGCACUUAUUCUUGCCUAGGAUGAUAUUGAAAUUCGAAAUGAUCAUUUUCACCAUACAUAGGACAUGUACUAUUUGAAUUAAAUUGAGGUUAAGAGGCUUUCUAAUAUUAUCAAUAAGUAAAUCAAGUUUUUUUAAUAUUUGAUUAAUCCAAUUAACCUCAUUUCUAAAUUUAGAAUCAUCAUUAUGAUGCAAUUCAUAAAUUUCUCUCUUCUUAUCUCUGUCAUAUAAUUCAAAAGAGGCUUGAUCUCUAGAAUUUUCACUUAAAUUCUCAUAAAUAUUGUAAAUCUCAUCAAGGGUUUUCUCCAUAAAAGCUCCUCCACAUAUAGAAUCAACCAUAUUUCUUAUGUUGUUCUAAUUAUCCAUCAUAAAAAAUUCUAUUGAGCUGCCACUUGGGUAUAGCAUGAUCAGGACACAUUCUAAGUAAAUCUUUGAACUUUUCCCAUGUCUCAUACAAAGUUUCUCCUGGUCUUUGAGAAAAACUCCAUAUAUGUUUUCUCAUAUUGUGAGUUUUUCCUAAGGGAUAAAAUUUUUGAAGAAAGACCUAUUCUAUAUUUUUCCAACUAGUUAAUUCUCUAUCUAAUGUCGAUAGCCAAUGACUAGCUUUGUCCCUAAGUGUAUGAGGGAAUAAUUUCAUCCUCAUAAUUUCUAGUGUAACUUGAGGGAGAUUAACUAAAUAACAGACCAUAUGAAAUUUUUCUAAGUGCUGAUGAGGUUCCUCUAAAGGAAUUCAUGAAAAUUAGGGAGCAUUUGAAAAUUUUCUGAAUUUAUUUCGAAUUUAACGAUGGGUGUUAAUAGGACUCUAAUAUUGGAUGCUCUUUGAAAUGAAUCAGGGAUCUAAUAAUUUUUCAUGGCCAUAGGGUUGUUCUCAAUUUGACCUGUAUUUCCUUCAGGAUCAACGAAAAUUAAUUUUUCUUUCAGAUUUUUAGUUUUGAAUGAAAUAAUGAAAGGAUUUUCUAGCCUUGGAUGCAAGGAUCUUCUACCAUACAUAAAAAAUCAAUAAAUUCGAGAAAAAAAGUUUAGUAAUUAUUACCCUCCUUCAGUAUGCUCCAGUCCUUGCCUUGCUUUUCUUCGUUCCUUUUUUUUAAAAAAAAAAUCAACAAAAAGAAAACAAAACAAGAGUUAAUUUUUUUUGUGUACUCUAAGAGAAAAAUAGAAAAUACUAAAUAUUAUGCAAUACAUCUCCGUCAAUGGCGCCAAAAUUUGACAUGACUUAGUCAUUGUAUAGUAAAUCACGCAAAUUUAAAAUUUAUAAACCAGAAAAUACGAAUUUUAGGAUAUUUAGAAGUAUUAUUAACAAAUAUAUGAAUUAUAAUUCAAUAAAAAUUCCAAAAAUAGUGAUAAUUUUUCCAAGUCAAUCAUAGGGAUGUAAUAUAAUAUCUAGUAAUUGUUCAGAAUUUUCCUCAAAGAAUACUAUUUUCUAUGAAUUUUAUAUUAGGAAAUGAAAAGGAAAUAUAUUUAAAAUUCACAAAAAAAGGAAAUAAUGGUGUGGACGUCAGGAUGACGUUAGUGUUCGGCGAACACGAAUCGGGUGAAAAUAGAGUUUCGCUCGGCGAUUCUUUCAUAAGCGAUUACAGACGAUUUAAUUGAUCAAAUUAAGAUCUGUAAAAGCCGAAAGAAUCGUAAUGUAAUGAAGUAUAUCUUGGUAAAUUUAAAUCACACAAAUUAUCACUAAAUGAAAAGAAAAUUAAGUUGAAAGCAUGAAAAUAGAGUUCCAACGUCGUGGCAGCGAUGCGUCGGUGAUGCACCGGAAUCCUGAGCAUUCAAUUGGAUCGUCGUGUAGUGUGCAUAGCCUCGAAGGCUCUCCUUGGACAAGGAUGACGUGGGCAAUCUCUAGAUCUCCUUGUGAAGCCUAGAGAUCAAUGAAAUGGGUCGUCGAAUCAUCUCUGGUGGCUGUCACUCAGUGGAGCGGAAAAACGGCGACUUUGCGGCUCUCCGGCAACUGUCACCUGACGGAGAGGAGCUAGAUGGAGGUGGGGCGUGUGUCAGGGAGCUUCAUCCUCAGGUCUGCAUAGCAAGAGGAGGCUCUUCAUCGCAUUCAGUACGCUCUCAAAAGGUGGCGACUCGUCUCCCAGUAGAUCGUCCUCUUCUCGAUGAUGACUUGUUCGUCGAUCAAUUGGAGAUGAUUUACUCGAUGGAUUCGCGAUCCUUUUAUUGCGAAUCCUUCAGCAUUUUUAGUAACAAUGCUCCGUGAAUCGCAUUGAUAAGAUUUUCGCCAAUGAUCCAGCAGUUCUGGUUACUUAAUCCUUUCACCGGUGAUUUGCAGGAAAGUUGCGAUAAUCAAAUAAAAAUAUGACUUUUUGCUCUAGGAGGAUUCGAACCUGUGCCAGUUGCUCACCCCUUUCUGGGGAGGGUGUGACGCGAGUUUAGUCCCACAUCGGUUGUGCGCCAAAGUUUCUAGUGAAUAUAUAGUAAUGUUCACAGCCGGCUGAUCAAGUCCCUUUCUCGCUCGUGUAUGACCACUCCUUGUCCCACAGCCGGCUUGCCACCGGUGACGUGGGAGGGGAAUGGUGCACACGUGCUGCUAUUGGUCCUAGCUGCUCAAGCGCUUGCUCGUGGCUAUUCCCCGACUGCGCUUCCGACUCGCCUGCAAGCCCGCCUGGCCAGCGGGUCCCCUCCAUUUUGCUAUUUUUAUUUUAAUUUCUUUUCCUUCAUUUAUCUCAAAAGUAAGACUGUAAAAAUUAUAUAAAUUCAUAUAAAAUCACAUAAUUACCUAAAAAUUCACGUUAAUCAAUUGAAAACCACUUUUCAAACUUUAACACAAAUAUAAAUCUAUUUAUCAUGAGUUAAGGCUAAAACUAUAUUAUUUACUAAUUAUUAACUUAUGAUAAUGAAGACUUAUCAGGCAACUAUCACCCGACGGAGAGGAGCUAGAUGGAGAUGGGGCGCAUGUUAGGAAGCUUCAUCCUCAAGUCCGCACAGCAAGAGGAGGCUCUUCAUCGCAUCCGGUACACUCUCAAGAGGUGGUGACUCGUCUCUUAGUGGAUCGUCCUCUUCCCGAUGAUGGCUUGUUUGUCGAUCAAUCAUAGAUGAUUUACUCAAUGGAUUCACAAUCUUUUUAUCGCAAAUCAUUCAGCAAUAUUAGUAACAAUGCUCUAUGAAUCGCGUUGACAAGAUUUUCGUCGACGAUCUACUGAUUCAAGCGGCUUAAUCUUUCACUAGCGAUCUAUAAGAAAGUCGCAAUAAUUAGAUAAAAAUAUGAGUGUUGACUCUAGGAGGAUUUGAACCCAUGCCGGUUGCCCACCUACAUGAGAAAGAUUGAAAGAAGUACUCUAAUGUCCUUAUCAAGUGACGUCAUCUUAGUAUAUCUCUAUUAUAACUAAGGGGUAUUUUAGGUAUUAAAAUCUUCAAAGCCUUUCAAUGGAAGGUGUGACACAGAUUUAGUCCCACAUUGCUUGUGCGCUGAAGUUUUGGGUGAAUAUAUAGUAAUAUCACAUUUGCAAAUAAUGAGUCUCUUUCUCGCGUGUGUAUGACCACUCCUGGCCACUAGUGACGUGGAAGGGGAGUGGUCCACACGUGCCCCUAUCGGUCCUAGCUGCUCGAGCCCCUGCUCGCGGCUCCCCCUAACUACACUUCCAACCCACUUGCGAGCUCGGCUGACCAGCGGGUCCCCCUUUUACUAUAUUUUUAUUUUAAUUUUUUUUUCUUCAUUUAUCUCAAUAAUUGGACUAUAAAAAUUAUAUAAAUUCAUAGAAAAUCACAUAAUUACCCAAAAAUUCACGUUAAUCAAUUGAAAACAACUUUUCACAAUUUAACACAAAUAUAUGUCUAUUUAUCAUGAGUUAAGGCUAAAACUAUAUUAUUUACUAAUUAUUAACUCAUGAUAAUGAAGACUUGUCAUUGGUCAUGAGUCUCUUUGAAAAUAUCACAAGAAUAAUAGAAGUCUACUCUAGAAUAAGUGCUCGUGGUGGUCUACCAUUUCACACUCCCUAACGAUAAAUAUUAUGCAUCAGAAAAAUGUGUGUCAUGCUACUUAUCAUUUUCUCUCAAUUCAAAAGGAAGAUAACAAUGGCCGCUUUAAUGCUUCACAGAUUUCUUACUUAGAUAUGAUGCAAUCGAUGGUUAGCGUUCAUCUAACUUAGAUCCUCGCUUGAUAUCAGUGUCAAGUAAGUAUCUUAGAAUCCAUGAUUGAUUGAAUAACAUGAUAAUUUUCUAAGAAAGAUUAGAGAUACCUGAAUAUUUGUUUUUUUUUUCUCACUCUCUUUCAUAACUUAUGAAAUCAUGAUUAUUACCAUAAAAAAAAAAUGCAAUUGCUUCUUUGCCAAGUUGUGGCUAUCAGCUAGUUGAAGCCCACUAUGGUAGUCUUUUAGUUGUAAGGUUAUAGUGAUAAUUAUAAAUUAGUAGUGGCAUCUAUGCAUUAAUAUCUUAUAUAUAGAUGCUAAUUAAUUAGUAGAGAAUGUAAUUAUAUAUAUGUUACCAACUCAUUAUGAUAUUUAUAAUAUUUUAUUAUUUAAAUCCUAAUAUAUAUUAUUUUAUUUAUUUUAUAUAUAUUUUGAGACUAAUCUCAUGAUGUGACUUUGAGUUUGUAUAGUAAAUCACGCAAAUUUAAAAUUUAUAAAACUAGAAAAGACUAAUUUUUAGAUAUUUAGAAGUAUUUUUGGACAAAUAUAUUAAUUAUAAUUCAAUUAAAAUUUCAAAAAUAGUGGUAAUUUUCCAGAUCAAUCAUAGGGAUGUAAUAUAAUAUUGGAUAAUUUUUCAAAACUUUCCUCAAAGAAUACGAGUUUUUAUGAAUUUUAUACUAAGAAAUUAAAAUAAAAUAUAUUUAAAAUUCACGAAAAAGAGAAAUAGAGGUGCAGACAUUAGGAUGAUGUCAGCACCUGACAAAUGGAAAUCUCAUAGAAAUAGAGUUCUACUCAAUGAUUCUCACAUAAGUGAUUACAAAUGAUUUAAUUGAUCAAAUUAAGAUCUAUAAAAGUUGAAAGAAUCAUAGUUGAAUGAAGUAUAGCUUAGUAAAUUUAAAUCACACAAAUAUCACUAAAUGAAGCAAAAAUUAAGUUAAAAGUAGGAAAACAGAGUUCCAACAUCACGGUGGCGAUGCAUCAGCGAUGCACAAAAAUCUUGAGCAUUCGGGAGGAUUGUCAUACAAUAUCCAUGACCUUAAAGGCUCUCCUUAGACAAGGACAACAUGGGCAAUCUCUAAAUCUCCUUGCAAAGUCUAGAGAUGAAUAAAAUAGGUGAUCAAAUUAUCUAUGAUGGCUUUCAUCUAGUAGAGUAGAAAAAUGAUAAUUUUAUGACUCUUCGGCAGCUAUCAUUUGAUAGAGGGGAGUUGGAUGGAGGUGGGGCGCAUGUCGAGGAGCUUCAUCUUUAAGUCCGCACAGCAAGAGGAGGCUCUUCAUCACAUCUGGUAUGCUCUUAAGAGGUGACAACUUGUCUCCCUAUGGAUCAUCCUCUUCUCAAUGACAACUUGUUCAUCGAUCAAUCGAAGAUGAUUUACUUGAUGGAUUCACGAUCCUUUUAUCGCGAAUCGUUUAGUAAUUUUAAUAACAAUACUCUACGAAUCAUGUUGACGAGAUUUUCGCCGAUGAUCUAGUGAUUCUGACAACUUAAUCCUUCAUCGACGAUCUACAGGAAAUUCACGAUAAUUAGAUAAAAAUACAAGUUUUGACUCUAAGAAGAUUCAAACCCACACUGGUUGCCUGCCUAUAUGAGAGAUAUUAAAAUAAAUACUCUAAUGCCCUUAUUGAAUGACGUCAUCAUGGUAUAUCUUUAUUAUAACUAAGGGAUAGUUUAGGUAUUAAAAUCUUUGAAGCCUUUCAGGGGAAAGUGUGAUGUGGGUUUAAUCUCACAAUGCUUGUUGAUAAGUCUUCAUUAUCAUGAGUUAAUAAUUAGUAAAUAAUAUAGUUUUAGCCUUAACUCAUAAUAAAUAAACUUAUAUUUGUGUUAAAGUGUGAAAAGUAGUUUUCAGUUGAUUAACGUAAAUUUUUGAGUAAUUAUGUGAUUUUAUACGAAUUUAUAAGAUUUUUAGUCUGACUUUUGAGAUAAAUGAAGAAAAAGAAAUAAAAAUCAAAAUAUAGCAAAAUGAGGGGGACUUGCCAGCCAACCGAGCCCGCAAGUGGGUUAGAAGUGCAGUUGGGGAGGAGCCGUGAGCAGGGCUCGAGUGGCUAGGACCGAUAGGGGCACGUGUGCGCCACUCCCCUUCCACGUCAUCGAUGGUCAGCCAGCUAUGGGGCAAGGAGUGGUCGCACAUGCGGGAGAAAGAGACUUGCUUGUAAAUAUAAUAUUACUAUAUAUUCGCCCGAAACUUCAGCGCACAAGCGAUGUGGGAUUAAACCCACAUCACACCUUUCCCAGAAGGCUUUGAUGAUUUUAAUACCUACAAUACCCCAUAUUUAUAAUAGAGAUAUACCAUGAUGACAUCAUUUUAUAAGGCCAUUAGAGUACUUAUGUCAAUCUCUCUCAUGUAGGCGGGAACUAGUGCGGGUUCGAAUCCUCCCAGAAUCAAAACUUAUAUUUUUUAUUUGAUUAAGCCACCAGAUUCGCUGGAUCAUCGACGAAAAUCUCGUCAAUGCGAUUCACAAAGCAUUGUUACUAAAAUUGCCCAACAAUUCGCGAUAAAAGGAUCGCGAAACCAUCGAGUAAAGCAUCUCUAAUUGAUCGACGAAUAAGCCGUCAUUGGGAAGAGAAUGAUCUGUUGGGAGACGAGUUGUCACCUCCUAAGAGCAUAUCAGAUGCGAUGAAGAGCCUCCUCUUGCUGCGUGGACCUGAGGAUGAACCUCCCUGACACGUGCCCCACCUCCAUCUAGCUCCUCUCCGUCAAGUGACAGCUGCUAGAGAGCUGCAAAGUCGUCAUUUUUCUACUCUGCCAGGUGACAGCCACUAGAGAAGAUUUGACAACCCAUUUCAUUGAUCUCUAGACUUCACAAAGAGAUCUAGAGAUUGCCCACAUCGUCAUUGCCCAAGGAGAGCCUUCAAGGCUGUGGACACUACACGACGAUCCUCUCGAAUGCUCAAGAUUCCGGUGCAUCGCCGACGCAUCACCGCCGUGAUGUCGGAACUAUUUUUUCUUACUUUCAACUUAUUUUCCAUUUCAUUUAGUGAUAAUUUAUGUGAUUUAAAUUUAUCAAGAUAUACUUCAUUCAAUUAUGAUUCUUUCAACUUUUACAAAUCUUAAUUUGACCAAUUAAAUCAUCUGUAAUUGCUUAGGUAAGAAUCGUCAAGCGGAACUUUGUUUCUGCCCGAUUCACAUUCAUCAGGUGCUGAUGUCAUCUUGACGUCUGCACCCUUAUUUCCUUUUUUCGUAAAUUUUAAAUAUAUUUCCUUUUCAUUUCCUAGUAUAAAUUUAUAAAAAAUAGUAUUCUUUGAAGCAAAUUCUGAAUAAUCACCAGAUAUUAUAUUACUUCUCUGUGAUCGAACUAAAAAAUUAUCACUAUUUUUGAAAGUUUUAUUAACAUAUAAUUAAUAUAUUUGUUCAGAAAUACUUCUAAAUAUUUGAAAAUUCGUAUUUUUUAGUUUUAUAAAUUUUAAAUUUACAUGAUUUACUAUACAACGAGUAAGUCAUGUCACUUGUGCACUGACGUUUUAGGCGAAUAUAUAGUAAUAUCAUAUUUCCAAGCAAUGAGUCCCUUUCUCCCACGUGUACGACUACUCCUUGCCUCAUAGCCGACUGGCCACCGAUGACGUAGAAGGGGAGUGA